UUCACUUUGCAGCUCAACAUUGAGGACAACAUGUCCUUGAAAGGCUUAUGCUAUCAUGGGCUUCUUGUGAGGACACCAUGCUGGAAGCCGUGGUCCAGGUAACGGACCUGCCCAGUGAACGAUGGACGGCCUUGAGUGGAAAACCCUCGCCUUCCACUGCCUCGGGCUCGAGCACCAGUCGCUUCACCUCGGAGGAGGAGUCCACGACGUCGUCUGAGACACAACGAGACUUUCGGUCUCAGCCCUUCUUCGAAGACCCAUGGCAUGGCUACCACGAGUUGAUCGAAGAGGAUUGGCAGGCAUGGACGGAAGACUUCCGACGCCGGCAGCAAGCUUAUUCAGGCGCUUGCCCCCCUCGCGAUGGACCGAGACCUCCAACUUCCUCCGCGUUGGAGGAGACGGGAGGCGAGCCGAGACGGAGGCAGAGCCGCUUGCCCGCGAGCUGCCUCAUUGAGACUCCCAACACCGAGCUGACCAUGGCCAGGCCGGCCGCAUGCGAAAAUGAAGGUCCAGCCAAAGCAACCAAAGAUAGGUGAAUGCUGGGCACCCAGAGAGGAGGAGUGUUCACAGGCCGGAGCCGUGCCAGAGCACGUUUCACCGAGCUCAUUGAGAGAAGUCGGGUAGACACAGCUCUCAGAUCGGAGCCGUGCUCGUGACCCGUGACAUCGUCACGUACCAGCACAUGUUCGCAGAAUUGAUGCGCGUGCGUGCGUUUGAGCUCAACGGUCCAGUGUCCCUUUAGGUGACCUAGCUGGGC